AUGGCCCGGCUUCUUCGACGGUCCUCCGUUACCCCCGAUCCGCCUACAGAGAUCGACAUCCUGUACAUAAAGUACACCACACGGCGUCCAUUGAGGGGUCCCCGACUCAGGGUGCUCUACCUGGGGAUCUCCAACACCCCGGCGUGGAUCGUGACCGCCGCCAACACAUACGCGAAAGGGCAAGGGAAAACGCAGUUUAGCGUCUCCUCGGGCCAAUGGAGCGUACUAGUGCGCGAUCUGGAGCGCGAGAUUAUACCCAUGGCUCGGGGAUUUGACAUGGCGAUCAGUCCCGGGGAGGUCCUGGGGGCAGGCAAGUUCCAGAUCCCCGAGGAAGUCGAACAGAGGAAAAAGGCUGGUAAGACAUUCCGGCCUUUCGGCGGCGGUGGUCAAGUCACCAAAUUUGGCCUCGGCAAUCCGAGCGGCAACAUCGGGGACGAUCUCAACAUGGGCGUUCGCCGUGAGCGUCAUGCCAUCGAAUCGAGUUUCGACAUUUCCGCAGGUGGCUGCCAAAUAACGAGGUAG